ACUCAGAUUCAAAUUCCUAUAAUAUACAAAACACCUAUCCAAUUUUACGCACCAUAGCAGUUCUACCCGUUUGCCGCCUUCACAUUUCCCUCGUUUUUUUGAAAGUUCAUGCGAUAACACAAGCUAGAUACGGAUUAGAAUAAGGAUUGGGGCUAAGGGUGCCAUGCACCCGGAUAAUUCUCUUGCCGAGUUCAGGUCCCAUCCAGGUUACCGUCGAACUCGCGUGGAGCGGCGGGACUGAAAAAUGGACCGCGGGCGGCUGCCCACCAAUGUAAGUCGGGCAACGGGGGAGGCAUGACGCAGAAACCGGAUGCGUUCCGCCACAAAACCUCUCGAACGCCUUCUGGGACCCAAACCCACCACGCUCUCUCUCCCCCCAGCCUCCUACCUUCUUCCACCUCUCUCUCAUUCGCCUCCGACAGAGCUCAAUUCCCAACCAAAACUCCCUCCAGUACUUUCUUACGACCCUCAAACCUACACCAAUUUGCUGAUAUCGCUCUCUAAACAAUGGCUUCUCUCUCAAGCCCAACAUCCAUUCGACGAAACUCCCCACAGAGCCCAAGCCUCGAAGAACUGCAAAACCUUGCAUGCCCGUAUCCUAAAGCUUGGCUUCCAGUUAUCAGGCAGGCUUGGCAAUGCCCUCGUCGACCUCUACUCCAAGUCGGGCGAUCUUGAUUACUCCCAAAAGGCAUUCGACCGACUCGAGAACCGAGACAGGCCUGCAUGGAACUCCAUCCUUUCUGCCCGCUCACGGCAAGGGUCGACCGAGGAGGUCAUACGGGCCUUCCGAUCAAUGCGGUGCUCCGGUGCUUCACCAGACCAGUUUGGAUUCGCGAUCGUUCUAUCUGCCUGCGCUCGAUUGGCUGCUCUAAAUUAUGGCAGGCAAAUCCACUGCGAUGUUAUAAAAAGUGGAUUUGAGACCAAUUCCUUCUGCGAGGGGUCUUUGAUUGAUAUGUACUCGAAGUGCAACCAUGUGGCCGAUGCCCGUCGAGUUUUUGAUGGGAUCGCCAACCCCGACACUAUCUCCUGGACUAAUAUGAUCACAGGUUAUGUUCGAAUUGGAAUGUUCGACGAGGCGCUUCACUUGUUCUCAAAAAUGGAGAGGUCAGGUGGCACGCCGGACCAAGUCACAUAUGUGACGGUCAUAACAGCUUUUGUGAGUCUUGGAAGGCUUGAAGACGCGAGAGCGCUUUUUAUGCAGAUGCCUUUGCCCAAUGCUGUUGCCUGGAAUGCAAUAAUAUCCGGGCAUGCUCAAAAUGGGCAUGAAGCCGAGGCUCUUGGCUUCUUUAAGGAAAUGAGAAACAGGGGUGUGAAGCCCACCCGGUCGACACUGGGAAGUGUGCUGAGUGCUGCUGCCAACCUGAUGGCCCUUGAUGAUGGCCGGCAAGUCCAUUCUGAAUCAAUUAGGCUUGGGUUGGAUACAAAUGUUUUUGUUGGAAGUUCUUUGAUUAACAUGUACGCUAAAUGUAGCAGUAUAGGAGAUGCGAGGAAAGUAUUUAACUCCUCAAGUGAGAGGAAUGUUGUUAUGUGGAAUGCAAUGCUCAGCGGCCAUGUACAGAAUGAGCAGCCACAAGAAGUCAUUGACUUGUUUUCUGCAAUGAAGGGACUUGGCUUUAAGCCUGAUGAAUUCACAUUAGUCAGCAUUUUUAAUGCAUGUGCUUGUUUGGAGGAUAUAGAUCUGGGCAAGCAAUUGCACUCUGUUGUGAUCAAGAGCAAUCUCGAGGUCAGUCUGUUUAUAGUCAAUGCAGUUGUAGAUAUGUAUGCUAAGUGUGGAGAGCUAAAUGAUGCAAAGCAGCAGUUUGAACAUAUUUCUAAUAGAGAUGCUGUCUCUUGGAAUGCAAUGAUAGUAGGGCUUGUCCAUAAUAAAGAUGAGGAGGAAGCUUUGAGGACAUUCCAAAGGAUGAGGCUGGAUGGAUUGGCACCAGAUGAGGUUUCUUUAGCUACUGUUAUAAGUGCUUGCACUGAUCUACAAGCUUUUGAGGAAGGAAAGCAGAUACAUUGCUUGUCCAUCAAGUCUGAUCUCAGUAAAAAUGUUCAUGUUGGAAGUUCCCUAAUUGACUUUUAUGCAAAGCUUGGGGAAGUGACAACUGCCAAGAAGGUUUUCGUACAAAUGCCUGAAAAGAGUGUGGUCUCACGGAAUGCUCUGAUUGCUGGUUUUGUUCACAAUAGUAAUGAAGAAGAAGCAAUGGAUUUAUUCAGGCAACUGCAGAUAGAAGGUUUAGAGCCCUCCCAGUUCACGUUUGCAAGCAUUAUGCCUGCUUGUUCUGGUCCUUCAGGAAUAAAAAUGGGACAACAAGUGCAUUGCCGCACACUGAAAUCUGGCCUUUUGUUUAACGAUACUUUCUUAGGGGUGUCACUUUUAGGCAUGUAUUUGAAGUCCAGAAUGCUUGACGAUGCCAAUAAGCUCUUCUUGGAUAUGCCCGAGAACAACAGCCUAUUCUUAUGGACAGCUAUUAUUUCAGGACAUGCUCAGAAUGGUUAUAGUGACGAUGCAUUGUUAUUGUUUCGGAAAAUGCGCAGUUAUAACAUCCAGUCGGAUGAGGCCACUUUUGCUAGUGUUCUAGGAGCUUGUGCUGACUUAGUUGCUUUGGGAGAUGGCAGGGGAAUCCAUAGCCUCAUCAUUAAGACUGGCUAUAACACCUAUGAGUAUGUGAGCAGUGCUCUCAUAGACAUGUAUUCAAAAUGCGGACAUGUAAGCACCUCCCAUCAGGUCUUUAAAGAAUUGGAAAGGAAAGAAGACAUCAUCUUAUGGAACUCUAUGAUUGUAGGAUUAGCAAAGAAUGGGUAUGCUGAAGAAGCUCUCAAUCUCUUCCAAAUGAUGGAAGAAUCACAAAUAAAACCUGAUGAUAUCACAUUCCUUGGCAUUCUCACAGCUUGUAGUCAUGCAGGGUUAGUCUCUAAAGGACGUGGUUUCUUUGACUCAAUGACCAAUAAGUAUGGAAUAACUCCAAGAGUCGAUCACUAUGCUUGCUUGAUAGAUAUCCUUGGCCGUGGUGGUUUUCUUAAAGAGGCUGAGGAGUUGAUUGACAAGCUACCCUUUGAACCUGAUGGUGUGAUAUGGGCCACUUUGCUUGCAGCUUGCAGAAUGCAAGGGGAUGGAAUAAGGGGGAAACGAGCAGCUGAGAAGCUUAUGGAGUUAGAACCACAUAAUUCUUCCCCUUAUGUGUUGCUUUCUAGUAUAUAUGCUGCAUCUGGUAACUGGGCUUCUGCUAAGGUGGUGAGAGAAACCAUGAGAAAAAGGGGAGUGAGGAAGUCGCCUGGGUGUAGCUGGAUUACAGUGGCAAACAAAACAAGCUUAUUCAUUGCAGGAGACAAAUUUCACCCUGCUGCUGUUGACAUCUAUGAAACUCUGGUUGAUUUGACACUAUUAAUGAAAGAAGAUGGUUAUGUUGCUAAAACUGAUCUGCUAUUCCUGGAUGAAGAAUUUGGUUGAUGUCCCCUUGUUUGCUCUUUCAUAGAACUCCAUGUGCAAAGAACCCAAGGCCAUGGAUACUGUUUGGCCUUAAAGUUACCGUGAUGGGAAGGAAUACAAAGAUACAAUACACAAAGAGGCUGGCUAUUCAUUUUGGAAGCUCAUCAGAAGUCUAAUAAUAUGUAUGGAUGGUAGGUUCUUAUGUCUGGCAUUGCUUGAGGAUCUGCUCAAGUUGGAAUUUUGGAACAGCUUCAGGAAAAAAGGUUCUGCUCUUUCUAUCUAUUGAUUCUCAUGUUCCAUGAAAUGAAACUGAUAUUUGAGUUACGAAACUAGUCCAGAAAGAAAUAUGACCAACAUGCUCUGUCAAACCUCUUUUCCAAACUUUGCAAUUUUGACAAAUUAUAUUCUUUUGAAGAAAUGUAAUUCUUGACCUACUUUACAGCAUGAUUAUCUUAAAGUUGAUUGUAUUUUUCCUUUCAAUAAAUAGUUUGUCGCUAUCCUUGCUUUGAUAAUGUAGUCAUGUAUGAAUUUUGUAACAAACCUUUGAUAAAGAAACGUAGGAAAUUUUUUGUUUCCAUUCAGUUAAUUUCAGAUGCAGUCAAUUUUAUGUCUUCCCGCUCAUCAUUGCUUAUCACUACCAGCUUCUCAGAUGUUUUUGAAAAUUCUUUAUGGAGUCCUUGUUGCAACAGCAUGGUUUUUACCCUGCAAUAACCAUUAUGAACUGGCUAAAUUCUAGCCCCAACAUACUAGGAAACACAUACAUAUGAACAUGCAUGCACCAAAAUAUGCUCUAACAUGUCAUCAGAAUUAUUUUAGAAAUUUCUCCUUGCCUUUGGAAAUUUUGUCUCUCUCUUUUUUUUUUUUUGGUGCACACAGAGAUCUUGACAAAUAAAUAAAUAAAUAUAUAUAUAUUAUGAUAGUCUCGAGGACUUAUGUAAAUCUGAAGUUUAUAUGAAAUCAUAUAAUAAUAAUAAGUUUUUAUACAUUCAAAUGUGUUAGGAAGAAUAAAUUUCUUGUGCAAUAAAAGAUUUGUGCAAGAGCAGCUUGCGGUAUUCAUAGGCACUUCCCCAAUAAAUGUGAGUAAUGAGGAACUACAAGGACAGCCUUAAUGCAGUGAUAAGACUGUUGAUCUGUAAUCCAAUUUGGCCUAUAUAAAAUUACACAUUCCAUCAUGUAUUCUCCCUUGAGCUAAAUGAUCGCAAGCCACAUCAUUUUUCAUCGAUAUGUAUAAUAAGACAAGAAGCGCAGACAAGAGGAUAUAUAUAUAUAUAUUUUUUCGAAGAAAAAGUUGAAGAAAUAGGUAGGAGAUCGUAAGGAAGAUGAGGAGGAAGCUUUGAGCAUGUUCGGAAGGAUGAGUUGGCACCAGAUAAUGUUUCCUUCACCAGUGUUUUAAGUACUUGCACUGAUCUACGAGCUUUUGAAGAAGCACUACAAAUAAAUAGGCUGUCGUGACAAGUAUCGCUGAAGGCCUCACCAAAGGUGUUAGCAAAAGUCAUCUUCUCAUGGUCUUUCUUAUCCUGUUAGCAAUACAAAUACACGAGAUAAUUUUAGCCGAUGGAGUACUUUUAGCUGUUGGCAAAGGUUAUCCUGAAUCAAUGGGAUAUUCAUGUGCGUGCUUGUUAUAUUUUACUUCCAAGAGUUCAUAUCUCUAUCUGUUUCUCCGUUUGUUGCUGCCAUGUGCCUACUUGUGCAUUUCCAUUAGAAGAUAUGUAUCCAUGCAUGUAUUUUUGUUCAUGAUCUAGUUUCCUUGUGGAUGAGCUGGUGAAAUAUGUGACUACAUGGGUUUGCAUGUCCAUAUUUGCCUCCUUGAACAAUUUUCGGAUGAGUGCGCAGCAGUCCGCCAGGCAGCAACAGAUGUGGUGAUGAAGCUGUCUUAGAUCUUUGAGAAACACUGUGGCUUUAUAUAUUCUAUGGUGACACUUGUGUUCCACUAUUUUAGACCUGGUGACCUGUUGGAGAUGGCCAAUUUAAUGUCUGAUCAUUUGAACCAGUACAUUUAGAGGGAACUGAAGCCUUUUUGUGUUGGUGUGUGUUUUUGUUCUGAACUGUAUAUGCUCGGUCACUUUCAAACAAGUCAAAGAAAAUGUCGAUUUCCAUGCGC